UGUCGGACUCCGAACUGAUGGAAUAUUCCAGCCCUUCUGUCCGGUCCAGCUCGUUCAGUGAUUGGACGGGAUUUAGAAGAAAACAAUUCACGGUCUGGCACGGGACGGACUACAUCGCCCUGUUUUUUCCACGAAAUAAACCGUUUUCUUAAAAGGCUCCACCCAACCAUCAUUAUGUCCAGUAAGCGGGCCAAGGGCAAGACUACCAAGAAACGACCCCAGAGGGCAACGUCCAACGUGUUUGCCAUGUUCGACCAAUCCCAGAUACAGGAGUUUAAAGAAGCCUUUAACAUGAUUGACCAGAACCGAGACGGUUUCAUCGACAAAGAGGACCUCCACGACAUGUUAGCGUCACUAGGAAAGAACCCAAGCGAUGAGUACUUGGAGGCCAUGAUGAAUGAGGCUCCUGGUCCCAUCAACUUCACCAUGUUCCUCACCAUGUUUGGAGAGAAGCUGAACGGUACCGACCCAGAAGAUGUCAUCCGCAAUGCCUUCGCCUGCUUUGAUGAGGAGGGUACUGGUGUGAUUCACGAAGACUACUUGCGCGAGCUGCUUACUACCAUGGGAGAUCGCUUCACGGAUGAGGACGUGGAUGAGCUGUUCAGAGAGGCUCCCAUCGAUAAGACGGGAAACUUCAGCUACGUCCAGUUUACACGAAUCCUAAAGCAUGGGGCUAAAGAGAAGGAUGAUUAGACCUUCACCCCUGGUCAACUCCAGGCAGGGCCAUGUCUGUCCUUGUAUUGAAUAAUUAAUUAUGGUCUUUGCUUGGUUGAGAACUUCCCUAAACCUGGUUGUCUAGGGUCUCAGUUUUUGCUAGUGUUACGGACGUGCAAUUUUCUAAUGGAUGUUCAUAUGCAAUUUCAACCUGUUGAAGCCACAGCUGUGCUAUUUUCAAGUUGUUGUGCAAGACUUGGUAAUUUACCUGCCUCAUAGCAGCUUGCUUGUUCUCAGACAGAAGCGGGUGGAAAUAUUCAAACUGUGUCCCUAAAACAUCUGAUCCAAGGUGCCAGUUCACACCACUGGUUCAGAUAUUUGCCCAGCCCAAAUCUGUUUUUAGCAGAAACACUGUUGUUUAGGGUAUGAAAGUUGAAACAGGAAGGUGUCUCCAUUACCAGUCCUAACCCAGGGGUCACUCAGUUACAGGAAGGCAUCUCCAUUACCAGUCCUAACCCAGGGGUCAGUCACAGGAAGGGGUCUCCAUUAACAGUCCUAACCCAGGGGUCACUCAGUUACAAGAAGGCAUCUCCAUUACCAGUCCUAACCCAGGAGUCACUCAGUUACAGGAAGGCAUCUCCAUUACCAGUCCUAACCCAGGGGUCACUCAGUUACAGGAAGGUGUCUCCAUUACCAGUCCUAACCCAGGGGUCACUCAGUUACAGGAAGGCGUCUCCAUUACCAGUCCUAACCCAGGGGUCACUCAGUUACAGGAAGGCGUCUCCAUUACCAGUCCUAACCCAGGGGUCACUCAGUUACAGGAAGGCAUCUCCAUUACCAGUCCUAACCCAGGAGUCACUCAGUUACAGGAAGGCAUCUCCAUUACCAGUCCUAACCCAGGGGUCACUCAGUUACAGGAAGGCGUCUCCAUUACCAGUCCUAACCCAGGGGUCACUCUGUUACAGGAAGGCAUCUCCAUUACCAGUCCUAACCCAGGAGUCACUCAGUUACAGGAAGGCAUCUCCAUUACCAGUCCUAGGGUUAGGGUUAGGGUUAGGGUUAACCCAGGGGCCUAACCCAGGGGUCACUCAGUUACAGGAAGGCGUCUCCAUUACCAGUCCUAACCCAGGGGUCACUCAGUUACAGGAAGGCAUCUCCAUUACCAGUCCUAACCCAGGGGUCACUCAGUUACAGGAAGGCGUCUCCAUUACCAGUCCUAACCCAGGGGUCACUCAGUUACAGGAAGGCAUCUCCAUUACCAGUCCUAAUCCAGGAGUCACUCAGUUACAGGAAGGCAUCUCCAUUACCAGUCCUAACCCAGGGGUCACUCAGUUACAGGAAGGCGUCUCCAUUACCAGUCCUAACCCAGGGGUCACUCUGUUACAGGAAGGCAUCUCCAUUCUCCAUUACCAGUCCUAACCCAGGGGUCACUCAGAGCCACUCUGCUCACAGAACUUCUAUAAUACUUCUAGACAAUUCAAAAUGCUGAGUCAUGUUAUCAACCAGCUGUGGGCACCAUCCAUCCAUGUCUGUUAACUCCAGGUUGUUUCCUUAUCAGCCCUAUUGUUUUCUCUGGUCAGAGACAAUCUGAAACCUGGCCGGGUGAUGGGCCAACACUGUGUACAGCCAGCCAAUGAUACCCCAUACAGACAUUAGACACAGAUUAAAGACUUUGUACAGCCUGCCAACGAUACCCCAUACAGACAUUAGACACAGAUUAAAGGAAGAAUAGAAAUGCACCAACAUAAUACUGUUAGUAAAUGAAGAGUCAAUCAUGUGGCAAUCACAGUUAUGAUUCUGUCAAUAAAG